UCCCGAACACGCACAAACAUUCAGUGAGCCCAAAAAAAAAUGAAGAUCUCCGAUAUCAUCCUUAUCUUCUUUUUUGUGCUUCUUCCCUACGCUUUUGCCGACCUGAAGGUUGGAUUCUAUGGCAGAAGCUGCCCAUCCGCAGAGACCAUCGUCCGUCGAGCAGUGCAGAGGCGAUUCAAGCGAGACAGAGCCAUCACUGCCGACUUGCUUCAAAUGCACUUCCACGAUUGCUUCGUCAGAGGAUGCGACGGCUCCUUACUGAUAGAUCCAAGCAGGGGAAGGGGAUCGGAGAAACAGGCAGGACCCAACGUCAACCUCGACGGCUUUGACCUCAUCGACGAGAUAAAGAGCGUGUUAGAAAAAGCCUGUCCUUCCACAGUUUCGUGCGCAGAUAUCGUAACACUGGCCACGAGGGACGCGGUGGCUCUGGCGGGAGGACCCAGAUACAAUGUCCCCACCGGGCGGCGGGACGGCUUGGUGUCUAAUCCUAACGAAGUGAACCUGCCCGGGCCAUCGCUUUCGGUGACUCAUGCAUUCCAAUCAUUCAGGGAAAAGGGGUUUUUGUUGCAGGAGAUGGUGACUCUGCUGGGAGCACACACGGUGGGCUUCACUCACUGCAGUUUGGUUCAAUCCAGGCUGUCCAGUUUCGGAAACCGUGAUCCUACUAUGGACCUUGCUCUGGAUGCUAAGCUGGGGAGAAUUUGCGGGUCAACAAGGAGGCCGGCGAGGAACGAUCCCCAGAUUGUGUUGGACCAGAACACGUCGUUUGUAUUUGAUAACGAGUACUACAGGCAGAUAGGGAACAAGAGAGGGGUGCUUCACAUUGACCAGCAAUUGGCUCUGGAUGCGUCGACCAGACGCACUGUUGCUGGUUUUGCCGCCAACGGUGAGAGCUUCAAGCGGAGCUUCGCGAGUGCUAUGAUCAAGAUGGGAAGCCUCGAUGUUUUGGUUGGAAACGCCGGGGAGAUCAGGAAGAAUUGCAGGGUUUUUAAUAAUCAUUGAUUGAUCUCUAGCUAAUUAAUUAAUUAAGGGAGGCCGUUAGUUAUCCGGUCUUUAGCGGACCCUAACCAGUCGUUUGCCUCCUUGUGUUGUGCUCACGUGCCUUUAGAAAAAAUGGUGGCGUGACUUGUGAGAGUCAUUUCUUCUGGAAUAAUGAUUUGGAAUUUAAUUA